ACGCGCUCCGCCCUUUGGAAGGGCGCGCAGGGACAGACUACAAGUCCCAGAGCCGCCGGCGCCACGUAUUUCCGGUUGACGGGCCUGCAGGCGGAGCGGGUAGCUGGACGGAGCAGCUAGUGUAGCCGCUGGGGUGUGCUACAGAGAUACGUGUGGAGAACUCCACCUCCAGCAGUUUCCAUCGACGGAUCAAAAUUUUCGUUGGCAUUCCGUUUACCUUCUGAAUUGCUUCGCUACGUCUGCGUGCAAACCUCCAGUGCUUCUUGGGAGCGGAGAGAGCAGACCCCUUGCCUCGCCCCUCGCCCUCUGGAACGGGGACCCUGACCAUGACGAAGCUCGCCCAGUGGGUCCUGGCGCUGGGACUGCUCGGUGGGACCUGGGCCGGGCUGACCUUCGACGCCCUGGGCCUGGGGCUGCCGGAGUCCGGCCGCCGUCUCCUGUGGCCGAUGCCCGCCUACCUGCUGGUGACCUUCGGUUGCUAUUCCUUGGCCACCGUGGGCUACCGGCUCGCCACCUUCAACGACUGCCAGGGGGCAGCAGAGGAACUGCAGGCUCAGAUCCAUGAGGCGAGGAUGGACCUGGUGGGACGGGGCUUCCGCUUCUGAGGUGGGGCGGGGUCAUUGGCUGGUGAUGUGUGCGUAUCGCACCCACCACCCCCCCGUACCACAAAUUGGCUCGCUCCUGCUCCCUCCUCACCCUCUCUGCGCAGUCCAACACCCCGCCCUCCCCAAUCCGAACUGGAAGGCCUGAAUCAUCCCUGACCUCCCUGCGCUCAGAACUGGUUUUGGGGAGUGAGGGGGCAGUUGGAGGGGAAAGAGGGGGACAACCCCCCCUUUCCCUCGUCCGCCUUCCCUCCACAUCUGCGUCUUCCCAACACCCGCCCACCCCCAAAAAUACCAUUCCUGCGUCCCUCUGACCUCCAUUGUCUCUCGGGGAGGCGCAAGGGGCUGGAACGGAGGGUUGGGCGGGAGACGGGGGGGGGGGGGCCC